AGCAACAACAUGCAGCAGCAGCAGCAGCAGCAGCCGAGCAGCGGCAGCUGCGAAUGUUGUUUAGUUCUUAUCCGUGGCUCACAGCGUUUGGUUCGUCGUGCGGGUGCUGCUCUAUAUGUAUAUAGAUAGCGUGUUUGGCUACAUAUAUCUGUGCCAUUGCUGGCGCUUGCCACUCUUGUUCAGCAGGGAUUGCGAUUCUCUAGACAGUGUGCUUUGAGUUUUUUGUGGCCCUGGCCAACUUGCAAUUUAUGUGGCUAAUUAGAGGAAAAGGAGGCGGCGGCGUACCAUUUGUGCGUGACUCUCGAACGGCGUAAGUGCUGCGCAUCCUUUGCGUUUCGUGUGCCGCGCCCCUACCGCCCACCAGAAACAACAACAACCACAACAACGAAAAAGAAAAGUAUUAACACAACGUGCCGGAAAAAUAAUAAUACACUCAAGUUAUCAAAACACUUGAAGAGAACUGGAAAAAGCGUAGUCCGAAAAAUCUGCAGUGCAAAAAAAAAAAGCGAAAGGGAAUUGAAAUUUAGGGCAAAAGCGGAUUACGAGCAGCAAAAUAACAGCCAAAAGCGGAAAAUGCGAAUGAAAAUGAAUCUUCAAGUGCGCGGGCAAACAAACAGCAAGACUGAGAAGUGAGUUGCGGAAAAUUCGGAAAAGUGCGUAGAGCAGAUAGAAGGACGAAGGACCCCGAAGUAAAUCAUUAAAUCAUAUGGAAAUGUGAACGCGUCACGCUGCCUCAUUAACGAUUUCCCAUUUUCGAUUUUCCAUUUCCCAACCAACCAACAAUACCGCACUCCAGUUGCGUGCGGAUCAUCAAUUAAUUCCAGUCAGUUUUCGCACUUUAAGCGCCAAAAAAGGCAGCAAUAAAAAGGAGUAUUCCACACAAAGAGAGCGCACGAAUUAAUGACACAAUAACACACUGCGGUUUCAUUUGUAGUGGUCAGUAUAUAUGAGUAUAUCAGUAUCGCGCGUGUGUGUGAGUGUGUUUUCCAGAGUGGGCGCAACAGUUCGUCGACCAUACAGCCCGCCCCCUUCGGUUUUGAUUCCGAUUCCCAUAUGAUACGAUCCGAUCGGUCGCGUGGCAUAUAAUUUAUCACAAUUGUCAUCGUCUGGCGGGGCAAAGUGAAAGUGCAAAGAUAGUAGAUACAAGAUACAAAUUGCUUAUGCAGACAUCUUUGCAAAUACGGGUCAGUGCAUUGGAACAAUAGCUGCGAGCAGCAAAAGUUUUGCUCUCUAUCUGUUGGCCAAGCAAAAACAUAAAUUAAACUUGCCAGCUGGAAGGCCUUGAAAGUUCCUCUGUCCUUUGGAUUAGCUAGCCAGGGAAAGCCAAAGAGCAGCCGGUGGGUUCCCGACCAGCAAUCCACCGAAAUAAAAAAAAGAAAGGAAUGUCCAUAAAAGGGCGAAUAAACAUGUAAAAGCACAUUAAGCGAUGCUACGGACUUGAUCUGACUCACACGGACAUGCAUUCGUAAAUGUCGGCGGAAAUGCUCUUUUUAUGGGCCACGAGUACAUUGGCGCUUCAUUAAAGGCAACGGCGGAAGCGGAAAUAGCCGAGCGGCCAUAACAAGGAGACGCGUGUUUAUUGGCGCCAGGUCAGAAGCGCAGAAACGCAGAAACCCGAAUUGCCAACUGCAAGCUGGCAAGCUGCAACAUUCUGUACUCCUCGGCAAUACUUGUAUACUCUCGCUUGUUUCUUUGACACUUUGGUCAAAUUGAAGUUUGCCACAUAAAUGACGAGACGGUCUUGCGUUUGGCACAACGCACCGCAAGCACGACAAAAUGACAGCCAUGCAGCUUUUAUUGCCAACAAGCGGAAAGCCAACAAAUACACUGGAAACCGAGACAACAGCCAUGCAAACGACAUAUUGGCCAAGACAAACCGGCAACAGCAACAGCAAAAGCAACACGAACUGCAAGUGCAACAUCAACACACAUCGAAAAUCACGGACGAGAUGCCCGGACAAUGGGAAAACGAUUUGGGCUGUCGGCUUCACGUUGGUCCUGUUGACUUGCCUGCAGCAACUGAAAUCGGUUUCGGCGGACGAGGAGUCGCAGGAUUUUCAAAAGAACAUACCCGCUCGAUUGGUUUGGGCCGCUUUGGGCAAAACGGUGGAGCUGCCCUGCGAUUUGACGCCGCCCACGUCGCAGGAUUCGGUGAAGCUGCUGCUGUGGUUCAAGGACACCACGGGCAUUCCUCUGUACAGUCUGGACUCGCGGGGCGGAAACGUGAAGUUGGCGCCACAUGCGGCCAUAGCUAGCGAUCUGGGGCAACGUCUAUUCUUCAGCAUCGGCGAUAAUCCCAAGGAUUCGCGCCUGCAGAUCAACGAUGUGAAGCCGGAGGACGGCGGCGUCUAUCGGUGUCGCGUCGACUUCUUCAACUCACCAACGCGCAACUUCAGGCACAACCUGACCCUAGUUGUGCCUCCCGAGGAGCCGCGCAUCUUCGAUGCCCAGGGCAAGGAGAUAUCCCAGAUGGCAGGACCCUUCCGAGAGGGCUAUGAGCUCUUCCUCUGCUGUCAAGUGAGGGGCGGACGACCCCCGCCCAAAGUCACCUGGUGGCGCGACGACACCGAGCUAAUCGGCACCAGCCACACAUCCGUGGAGGAGGGCGCCACCGUGAUGGUUAAUCAGCUGCUGAUUGGAACCACCACGCGGGACUUCUACGGAAUUCGCAUCGAGUGCCGGGCGCAGGGAACUCGACUGGUGGAUCCGGUCCGCAAGGAUGUCACCGUACAGGUUUACUUGAAACCGGUGCGCGUAAAGAUUGCAACCCCCAACGAACUGCUGACCGCUGGCCAACCGAUGCCCAUUCGCUGCGAGUCCUGGGGCUCAUAUCCUGCGGCCAAGAUCACCUGGCUGCUCGACGGCGAGCCCAUCCGCAAUGCCGAGGUCACCGUUCACAGCGACAAGGAGGACGGGAACAUCACAACGAGUAUCCUGACAUUGAAGGUAACAUCGGAGAACGACAAUGCCGAGCUGACGUGUCGCGCCACGAAUCCCUGGUUCUCCGGUGGCGCCAUUGAGGACAAGCGCAUCAUCCGCGUGGCAUAUCCGCCCACGGUUUCGGUGCACUUGGCCAACGAGGAUCCCAGCCGACUGGUGACGCGGGCCGAGGGCCAGAAUGUCACUUUCAAAUGCCGGGCAGAUGCCAGGCCGCCGGUAACCAGCUACUCCUGGUUCAAGAAUGGCAUGCGAAUGUCGGGCGAGAGCACGGAAAUAAUGCACUUGACGCAAUUGGAGAGGGAAAGUGCGGGGGCGUACGCCUGCGGGGCCACAAAUACGGAGGGCGAGACCCGGAGUUCGAGCCUCACUUUAAAAGUGCAGUUCUCCCCGCGCUGUAAAUCGGGCACCGAACAAACCUCCAUUGGAGCCGUCAGCCUUCACUCGAUCCUGGUCAAAUGCGAGGUGGAUGCCGAUCCGCCGGACUCCGUGCGCUUCAGUUGGACCUACAACAAUACCCGGAACGUGUCGCCGGUGCUCAACUCGAGGAUACAGUCGAACGGACUGGCCAGCACGGUGACGUACCUGCCUCAAACGGACUCCGAGUUAAUAACGCUGGCCUGCUGGGCCAGCAAUGCUGUGGGCCGCCAAACGACGCCCUGUCUGGUGCACAUCCUGCCGGCAAACACUCCGGAGGCACCGAAGGCCUGCGAAUUGCGCAACGACACCGUCCUGGAGGUGGUUUGUGUGGCGGGCAGCGACGGAGGACUCUCGCAGUACUUCAUGCUGGAGGUGGUGGGCGGGGACCCACUCUACUCUGGAGAUCCGGGUGGAUCGGCGGGCCAGGGACGAGGCCAGUUCAGCGAGGCCAUCGGCCUGGGCGACAACGAGAUAUCCACGCUGAAUGAUCAGGCGACAUCUGCACCCAUCUUUCGCAUGCAGGAGAACAGUCCACAGUUUCGUUUGAAUAAUUUAGAGCCGGGACGUGAAUAUCAAUUUUUAGUUUACGCCGUCAACGCCAAAGGACGAAGCGAGCCGCCGGUGGUGAUUGAGAAUGUACGCGUGGCCGCCCAACUGGGACCAUAUGACGAAUCCAUUCUGUCCGAGGACCCAACGCCCGCAGAAACAACGCAUCAUGGAGGCGGUGGCGUGGGUGGCAGCGGUAGCUCCAGCGGCCUGGGCACCGGCGCCAGCACGGGCAGCGGUCCGGAGAAGCAAUCGACUCUGCUGAUACUCGCCGCCGUCGUGGUGAUAGGCGCCGUCGUGGUGACGUCAAUUAUCGUGGCCGGCAUCGUCGUGGUCUGCCGGCACAGGCCGCGGCCACCUGAGCCGCAGGAGGUGCGCAAGAGCAUGCGGCCGGCGCGAAACGAUGUGCCGAGCAUGUACAUCGAGGAGGACGAGCUGAACGAGCUGGAGGAGGGCGGCGGACGAGCGGCGGAGAUUAGGGCGCGCGUGGCCCCGCCCAACUCGCACCUGUGCGGCGGCGGCGGGAUGCCGAUGCCCGGUGGCGUUGGGUCAAGUGGCGGGGCCAUUGUGGGCGUGGCCGGACCCCAUCACUACAUCUCCGAGAGCUUCAUCCAGUACGCGCAGCCCAGCCUAAACGUGUUGUGAAUCAGAAAAGCAAUAGAAACCAACCAAACCAAAUCAAAUCAACCAAGCAAGCCAAACCAAACUAAUCGGUAUAAACAUUUUGCCUUUGUCUCUCUAUUCCCGGUUACACUCACACUUAAACACACUCACACACACGCGAACUCAUUACUCACUCUCACAUGAAUUUAUGUCUCACCCAACACACAUACACACACUCACUCACAACGCCAUCCUUUACACAUAUGCCAUUGUUGUUGAUUUUGUUUUAUACCAACCAACCAAAGUGUAUAUUGCAGACCCGGAUCUGAUAUUGCCGCGCGGCGAAUUGGAAUUUACGACCCUGGAUCCAACGCUGAAGUAAUUGUAAAAAGUAAUAAUAAAUAUCUACACACAAACACACACACAGACAGACUCACUAGCGGUGAGGCCUCAUAAUUCACGGGCAUUUCAUUAAACAUAGCUGUAAAUUUUUAGCAUAAAUUUAAAUGCAUUAGCGUAAAGGUAAAUCGUGUUGCGUAACGUUUAAGCGGAAAGGCAAAUAGAUAAGGAUAAACCAUUUUGUAAUUGUCAGCCAUUAAGUGUCAUUCGAACCGCUGAAGGCGGAUGCAAAAUCAAAAAUACGAGCAUAAACAUAGAAACCAGAAGCUGCGCUAUAAAUACGCUACAAACUUGUAACUGAAAUCAAAAGUAUGAAACAUGUAAAUACCACUCACAUCACAACACACACACACACACACACAUUUUGCUGUUGCACCAUCGACUGUACAUAGAGAACGGGCAAACAUUAAUCAAACUGCAUUUAAAUGUUAAAUAUUAAUUGUAAUUAAUGAACAACUAGCCCGUAAGCCAGUAGUAGUAAGUAAGCCGUGUGUAUUGAAAGUGUAAUUAGACUCAUAGAGCCCACUAAGAGUUAUUGGCCAACUUUGGACUUUGCACCAGGUAUCCGCCUCGGAUGUGUGCAAAUAUCUGGCCAUUUAUCCAUUAAUGUCUGCGUAGCCAUCUAGGAUUCAUUAGCUAAAGUUAAAGUCUGUCCCAUCCGGUUGCUGUCGUCCGAUCAUUGAAAUAUGUAAAUGUUUUCAACAGCCAGCAGCGAUUCUGGGCCCACGGCCCACCCCUUUUCCGCCCUGAUCCGGCACUUUCAGUCGCUAUUUAUGGCAAUUCCAUGAAUAUUCUAUUACCCCAAUAAGCCGAACCGACGGCAAAGAUGAAUAACAGCCGAAAAAACACACACAAACAACAGUGGGCCAAGUGGGCCAUGCUCGAGUGCAUAAUGAAUAAAUGUCGAGUGAACAGGCAAUUCCCAGGGCCCUCAGCAAUUCCACUCACACAGGACUCCCACACUCAAACUACAACACAAACUCGAAGUCAAACAAUAAAUGCGAAUUCAGUGUAAAUGUUAUAAAUAACUAAAGUAACCGAGCAAAGUACGACAUAAAAAUAAUAAUAAUAAUAAUAAUACGCCAUACACUUUACACAAUACUCCAAUGUAAUUCGAAUUCUAAUUUCAAAUAUACAAACAUAAAGUGAAAUGGCAGACUAGCAAAAUAUACAGUGCGUAUGCGUAAUAAAAUAAAUUGAAAUACAUAUAUAUAUAUACAUAUAUAUAUAUAUAUAUAUAGAGAUGCAUACAAAUGGAAACACUGGGGGUAAACCUUCCGUCUGCCCCCGAAUGUCGUUCUCUGUCUCUGUCACUCUGGACAAAACCAAACUGAUUGUUUUUAAGCAAAGUUAGAUUUAUAAAUAAAUUAAAUUUAAAUGCGAACGAGAAGCGCAAACUUAAAAGUGAAAUACAUUAAUAACUAAGUCGAAACUACUGAGUGUGUUAAUAAUACUGAAUACUGAAUAAAUAAACAAGAUUCAAACCAAA